AUGGGUUCUUGUGAAAAAGAUCAAACGUUUGUAAGGUUUGAUGGGCCAAUCAUUGUGGGUGCUGGCCCUUCUGGAAUAGCAGUUGCAGCUUGCCUUAAACAAGAUGGCAUCCCUUCUCUUGUUCUUGAGAGAAGUGACUGUAUUGCGUCUUUAUGGCAACAUAAAACUUAUGAUCGUUUAAAGCUUCAUCUUCCUAAACAAUUCUGCGAGCUUCCAUUGUUUGGGUACCCAAAGAAUUUCCCAAAAUAUCCCACCAAAAAACAGUUUGUUUCCUACAUGGAGGCAUAUGCAAAGCACUUUGAAAUCAAGCCGAGGUUCAACCAAUCGGUGGCCAGAGCUGAGUUUGACGCUCAAGUUGGUGUUUGGAGGGUGAAUACACAAGACUCUGUCUAUGAAUCACGGUGGUUGGUGGUGGCCACCGGAGAGAAUGCGGAGGCGGUGGUGCCGGAGAUUCAGGGAAUUGAGAGGUUUGAAGGGGUUGUUAGACAUACAAGUGAGUACAAGAGUGGGUGUGUGUUUAGAGAGCAAAGGGUUUUAGUAGUUGGGUGUGGGAAUUCUGGCAUGGAGGUUAGUUUGGACCUUUGCCGUUACAAUGCAAGUCCUUUUAUGGUUGUUAGAAACUCUGUUCAUGUUCUGCCUAGAGAGAUGUUUGGAUUCCCAACAUUUGGAAUUGCUAUGGGACUUCUCAAGUGGCUACCUCUUAGGGUGGUGGAUAAAUUAAUCUUGUUUAUGGCCAAUUUAACACUAGGAAACACCGAUAAAUUAGGCCUACGGAGGCCUAAAACUGGCCCCCUUGAGCUAAAAAACGCCACGGGUAAAACCCCAGUACUUGACACCGGAGCCUUAUCUCUAAUCAAAUCCGGUAACAUCAAGGUUGUGGAGCAAGGAGUGAGAGAAAUAACUAGAAAUGGAGCCAAAUUCAUGGAUGGUCAAGAAAUUGCAUUUGAUUCGAUUGUGUUGGCAACGGGGUAUAAGAGCAAUGUGCCAUUUUGGCUCAAGGGAAGCGACUUUUUUACCAAAGAGGGAAUGCCUAAAAUGUCUUUUCCAAACGGCUGGAAAGGGGAGAAUGGGUUAUACACGGUUGGGUUCACUCGAAGGGGUCUUCUUGGAACCACAUGUGAUGCCCUUAAAAUUGCCAAGCACGUUACUGGUCAAUGGCGGUCAACGACUUGCAAACCCUAA